UUCAAGCAGUCUGUCUAUUGUGAUUUAUCUAGAUACGCCUUUAAUUUUGAAGAAUUUCAUUAUGCUAUAGUUUGAUAAAUAGCAAUCACAUGUGACGAAAUACAGUAAUCGAUAUUAGUACAUUCCCCGUGAUAGAUAGCAGAUUCUGACAAUUGAAAACAGUUGUUUAGUCAUAGUUCAAUCAACUGGGCUCAAAAAUUUACUCCUCAGAACUCUUAUUUUGGCUUUGUUAAUAUAACAAGCAUCAAUUGUGUUUCCCGCACAUUCCAAACAGUUGAGAAGAACACAGAUUGUGUUACACAACAAAGAGCCCAAAUAGAAUAGACCUCGUCUUUGAAAGAGUCUAUCUGUAAUUUGUGUCUCAAAACAAACUCAAUAGUCGUCAUGUUCAAGAUUUGUGAAGUGAGACUGGUCAAAAUGGACAUUAUUGGCUCUCAAAGUCAGAAAUUAUUAAAUAUGGAAGGACGUCAAGGUAAAUUCUACCUCGAUGGCUUCGCCCCCCAUGAAUUCCUCAAGUUGACAAAUCUUAUCAGUAACCAUGGAGGAAUCGUGAUGUCGCCGGACGACGAAACUAUCAUCCUUUCGAAGCCAGAGCAACCUUCAGAUAUCAAAAACUCCCCACGAUUUCACGUUAACUGGUUAUAUGAUAGCAUAAGAGAGAGCAAACUGCAGGACAUUGGCAAAUAUUUAUUGCCAAAACAAGCGCACGAUACAUCCAAAGCGAUCACUCCCCCAUCAUUCGCACAGGAAAAGACUGCAGUCUUUGAAAAGAAGAAGUUAAACUCACUAACAACUUCUUCACCAAAGACUGAAGUCUUUGAGCAGAAGAAGUUCAACUCAAUAACAACUUCUCCACCAAAAUCCUCCACGAGCAUAUACCACGACAAUUGCACAAGCACUUUGUCAGAGCAAAAAUCGUAUACUAAACAUUUGAGUGCGAGUGCCCCCAGUCUUGAGCAGUCUGAGCCCUCUGAUAUCGAGGAGAAUGUAUCACCUAAUGUCCGUAAAAUGAAUCGAACUGAAGGGGAUAAAUCAAUGGGUGGGUCACAAGGAACAGCUCCUGAGGAGUUGUCCAAAGAGAACAAGGAGAAGAAGAAGAUUAAGAAGCAAGAAAAAAAGAAACGAGCUUAUUCCACUGGCCCAGGGAAUGCUUUAGGGGAAAACCAAGAGAAAAGGAAGAGGAAGAAGAAGAAGUCCUGUAUCGACAGCAGUCAUUCUUCAUUUGAGCAGGAGGUGGAGGGCCACCGAUCGUUCGAAGUAAUUGAAGGUCCUCCGAAUGGUUUCAAUUCUCUUGGUAAAUCUGGGGGUUCUACAUCUCCAGAAAUGAUCGAUGACUCGACGAAUGAAGGAGGGGAAAAACCCAUCGUAGAGGUUCUUUUGGAUACCGAUUUCAGUGACGAAGAGGUAAACUGUGAAUCUGAAACGCACAAUGAAUCUGAUCCUAUUGGGGAGACGAAUCCUCCAAAGGAGAAGGCACAUUCACCAAGGGAGGAAAAACCUGAUAAGAUGAAAAAGCCUUCAAAACCGAGAUUUUUUUAUUCUUACGAGGAGAAUAAGAGAAUCUUGCAAUACCUUGCUGAUCAUAAUCUGCUUUCUGACACUGGUUGUGGUUACGUUUGGGAGAAGAUAGCAGCAUCGGAGGAUUUCCAAAAUCCACCGCGUAACGCCAGUGGUCUACAGCAGCACUUCAACAAAAUUCUCCUUCCGAAUUAUCACAAAUAUACGACAGACCCAAACGUCAUCGCUGCACUCGCUAGAAAGGAGAAGAAAAAACUCAAAAAUAUCAUUGGUUACUUCAAGACAGGGGAAAAUGGGAAUGCUAGCGACAGCUCUUAUCUGUCCCCUUGAAUAUAUGAAUAUGUUCAUGGUCUUUUUUUUUACUUUCAUAUCAUUUUUUGUGUAAACGGAGAACGUAUAACAUUUCAUCACUAUGGGACAAUCAUACUUCAUUUAUGGGACGAUCACAUCAUGCUCAUUAUUCCACUGUUAUAUUUCCGUUCAAAUUAUAGAAUUUUUUGUAAUGAUUGGUAUAAAUAAAUAUUGAACGCAAAAUUGCAGUCUGAAAACCAGGGUUGGGCCGGUAUAAUACGUAAACGUUUUUGGCAUUCGAUUUAUG